AUGCUUAAAUGGAAUCUCCACUUCAAAAGGCGAUGUAGACGAAUACUGGGUAAAUAUAGAGUCAUUAUAAGUUGUCUCGUUAUAAUAUUAUUCCCUACUUUACUAGUUUUAACGCUAGGUGCUAGAAAUUCCAGUACAUCCCUCGCUAAUGAGGAAAUAAUCACAAAGAGGGAUGGCGUUUUCUUCAAAGGAUGUGUCGAUACCCCUGAAUACUUGGAGGAUCCAUAUUACACCAAGAUGAAUGCGACAUUCGUUAUGUUGACUAGAAAUGAGGAAAUGGACGAAGUUUUGAAAACGAUGCAAAGUAUAGAGACUCAUUUCAACCAAUGGUUUCAGUACCCAUAUGUUUUCUUGAAUAACGAGCCAUUCACGGAAGAAUUCAAAUUGCGAAUUACUUCGAUGACUAACGCCGAAGUUGAUUUUGGCAUGAUUGAAGAGACUGAUUGGGAGUUUCCUGAAGAUAUCCGCGAUACUUUUGCAUUUAAGAACGCUAUUCAAGAACAAGGUGAUAGAGGUAUUUUAUAUGCGCACAUGGAAUCAUACCACAAGAUGUGUCGAUUUUAUUCUGGUAUUUUCUACAAGCAUCCACUGGUAAGGAGACAUGAGUGGUAUUGGAGGCUGGAACCAGAUGUAGAGUUUUUCUGUGAUAUAUCGUACGAUCCUUUUUACGAAAUGGCCAAAACCAAUAAGAAGUACGGAUUUACCGUCGUACUCCCGGAGAUUUAUUGGAGUGUACCCAAUCUUUUCCGAUACACUAGGGCCUUCAUUCGUGAAAAUCGAGUCAAAGUGGGUAAUCUGUGGAACUUAUUUGUCACAAACUAUGAUAUUCUGGACACCGAUGAUGAAGAGCUGUCGGAAUUUGUCAAUCACGAAGAAGACGUCGAACCAAAAAUGAGCGAAAAGGUUGCAAUUGACCAUAUGUUUGACACAAAAGAAUUUGAUGAGGACAGCAUGGGGAUGCACAUGCUGAUUAGGAGAGCAAAAUCGAAAAUACCGACCAAAGAGGACAAAUUCGAUAAUCAGGAGUACAACUUAUGCCAUUUCUGGUCAAAUUUUGAGAUCGCAAGGAUCGACGUUUUUGACAACGAUUUUUACAAUUCAUACUUUGAGUUUCUAGAGAAGAGCGGCGGUUUUUGGAGAGAAAGAUGGGGAGACGCCCCAAUCCAUUCCCUCGGGCUUGGGAUGAUGUUGGAUGUUGACGAUAUACACUAUUUCAGAGAUAUCGGCUACCGCCACGCCGACGUCCAGCAUUGCCCCAAGAACUGGAACGGUUUCCAACAGGAAAAGAAAGUAGGCCAUGGCCAACUGCCCUACAUGCCGUUCGAAGACAGGUUCAAACGCAGAGCCGGCCUGUGGAACUCAUACGACACAGGGACCGCAGCAGGAUCUGGCUGCAGAUGCAAGUGCAGCAAGAGAAGGAAAGAUAUAGAGGACCGCGCGUACGAGUGUAUAGAUCUCUGGGCCUCCCUGGUGUCUGCCAGCGAUUCAUUCCUGGAAAGCGGAGGUUUCGUGCCCAACAUGAAUGCCCAGGAAAUCGAGUCCAGCAUCGAGCGCGAUUACGAAUCUCACUUUGCCGCCCAGUAA